GGAUAGAGAGCCGACGCAGAGGCGGCGCAGUUCCUUUCGACGGCGGCAGCGGAGCGGCGAGGACCAGGUGACGGCUCUUUCCCCAUCCGGCACAGCGCACACGCAGCAACAAUCUCCCGGACCAGCUCACUACAAGCGGAAUACACAACCCAGCCAAGAUGCCUGAAGAGAUUCGCACUGACGAUGAGUUGGAGACGUUUGCCUUCCAGGCUGAGAUUGCUCAGCUUAUGUCCUUGAUCAUCAACACCUUCUAUUCCAACAAAGAAAUUUUCCUCCGAGAGCUCAUCUCCAAUGCUUCCGAUGCCCUGGACAAGAUCCGAUAUGAAAGUCUGACUGAUCCUUCAAAAAUGGAAAGUUGCAAGGACCUGAAGAUUGAAAUUAUUCCCAAUAUACGGGAGCGUACACUGACCGUCAUUGACACCGGGAUUGGCAUGACCAAGGCUGACCUGAUCAACAACCUGGGCACUAUUGCCAAGUCUGGCACAAAGGCCUUCAUGGAAGCUCUGCAGGCUGGUGCCGACAUUUCCAUGAUCGGGCAGUUUGGUGUUGGCUUCUACUCUGCUUACCUGGUGGCCGAGAAGGUUACAGUGUUCACCAAGCACAACGAUGACGAGUCAUACUGCUGGGAAUCGUCCGCUGGAGGCUCCUUCACUGUCAAAACCCACAGUGGGAAGGGUGAUGCUGGUGUGCCUGAUACAAUCACUCGUGGUACAACAGUUAUCCUACAGCUAAAGGAGGAUCAGGCUGAGUAUCUAGAGGAGAAGAGAAUCAAGGAGGUUGUGAAGAAACACUCUCAGUUCAUCGGCUAUCCCAUCACUCUCUUUGUGGAGAAGGAGCGGGAGAAGGAGAUCAGUGAUGACGAGGCAGAGCCGGAGGACAAGGCCGAGAAGGAGGAAGGAGUGGAGGCAGAGGAAGGGGAGAAGCCCAAGAUCGAAGAUGUGGGCUCAGAUGAAGAGGAGGACGGUGAAAAAAAGGACAAGAAGAAAACCAAGAAAAUCAAGGAGAAGUAUAUAGACCAGGAGGAACUCAACAAAACCAAGCCCAUCUGGACCCGCAAUCCUGACGACAUCACACAGGAGGAGUAUGGCGAGUUCUAUAAGAGUCUCACCAAUGACUGGGAGGACCACCUGGCUGUGAAGCACUUUUCUGUCGAAGGGCAGCUAGAAUUCCGAGCCCUGUUGUUCCUUCCAAGGCGGGCUCCCUUCGACCUCUUUGAAAACAAGAAGAAGAAGAACAACAUCAAGCUGUACGUCCGCAGAGUCUUCAUUAUGGAUAGCUGCGAGGAGCUGAUCCCCGAAUACCUAAACUUUGUGCGGGGUGUGGUGGACUCCGAGGACCUGCCCUUGAAUAUCUCCCGAGAGAUGCUUCAGCAGAGCAAAAUUCUAAAGGUCAUCCGCAAGAACAUUGUCAAGAAAUGCAUGGAAUUGUUUGGUGAACUGUCAGAAGACAAGGAGAACUACAAAAAAUUCUAUGAACAAUUCUCAAAGAAUCUCAAGCUUGGUAUCCAUGAGGAUUCUCAGAAUCGCAAGAAGCUGUCAGAAAUGCUGCGUUACCAUACGUCUCAGUCCGGAGAUGAGCUCACACCCCUGUCUGACUACGUCUCUCGCAUGAAGGAGAACCAGAAGUGCAUUUACUACAUUACUGGUGAAAGCAAGGACCAGGUGGCUAACUCCGCAUUCGUGGAGCGCGUGAGGAAGCGGGGCUUCGAGGUGGUCUACAUGACUGAGCCCAUCGACGAGUACUGUGUGCAGCAGCUGAAGGAGUUUGAUGGCAAGCAGCUGGUGUCUGUCACCAAAGAGGGGCUGGAGUUGCCUGAGGAUGAUGAUGAGAAGAAGAAGCGUGAAACUGACCGGACCAAGUACGAUGGUCUCUGCAAACUGAUGAAGGAGAUCCUGGACAAGAAGGUGGAGAAGGUGACCGUUUCCAACCGUCUGGUUUCCUCGCCUUGCUGCAUCGUGACCAGCACCUAUGGCUGGACUGCCAACAUGGAAAGGAUCAUGAAGGCUCAGGCCCUGAGGGACAACUCCACCAUGGGCUACAUGAUGGCCAAGAAGCACCUGGAGAUCAACCCUGACCACCCGAUCGUGGACACCCUGAGGCAGAAGGCCGACGCAGACAAGAAUGAUAAGGCCGUGAAGGACCUAGUGAUCCUGCUCUUCGAGACUGCCCUCUUGUCCUCUGGGUUUUCACUGGAUGACCCCCAGACACACUCCAACAGAAUCUACCGCAUGAUCAAAUUGGGUCUCGGUCUCGACGAGGAGGAGGUGAUUGUGGAUGAGGUCACUCCACAACCUGCUGAAGAGAUCCCGCCCCUGGAGGGAGACGAGGAUGCAUCACGCAUGGAAGAGGUGGACUAAAUCUGGACUGCCCCCUGCUCGUGUGGACUGUUGUAUUUAAUUUGGACUUGGCACGGGAUCUGUGGUGCGGUGUGUAUAGUUGUUGUCCAGCCAGUGAGCGGGCCCUUGUCACGGCACCACAGCCUUACUGUAACGCUGUCCUAUAUUUUAAUUUGAAGAGCAUGUUUUUUUUUUUUUCGGAGCUAUGUUCUGUAAAAUAAAGUCUGAACCACUGUCA